AUGGUGUCUGCCGUGUCUUGGCUCGCGUUUGAAAAACCUGGCAUCGGUACUUCUCCCACUCUGUUCAGCUCAGCGAGGCUUGCGUGGCGUCUCUCGUUCGACCAGGCCUUCAAACACAGCAUCACGGCGUUGCGUCAACCGCUGCAGCUCAGCGCGACGGCUUUCAAGCUCGCGCCUGGCUUGUGCGGUAUCAGGCGGGAGGCCCUGAAACACCCUGACGCGGGCGUCGAGCUCCUUCUUCUGCUGCAAGAGGGCCAGGUAGGCCUCCUCCUCUGCGCGCACCUGCUCCACCGUCAAACUCGGCACGCCGGCGGCCAGGGCGGCGGCGCGGUCGCGGAGCUCAGGAACCUUUGCCUCGAGACCCCUGAUGCGCCGCUGCGUGUCGAGGUUCAGCUUGGCCAGGUCGGCGGGCGGCCGGUAUGCGGGGCCCUGGACCUCGGCCGCCAGCGACUCGGCCUCGGCGAUCUGUGCGUCGACGUGUCGCCGGAGCGUGGCCACGCGGCCUGCGUCGGCCUUGACAUCGGCCGUCUGCGAGGCCACGGCGACAAGCGACGCCGAGAUGGCUGCCGGCGUCGGCGAUGCGAGACCAAGUUCUGCAGAGGCGGCGGCCAUGGCGUCGAGGGCAGCGUGGCCGUCGCGGGUGAGGGAGGCUUCGAGGGCGGCGAGGAGGGCGUCGCGGACGUUGUCGACGUCGGUGCCGUCGGUGCCGUCGGCGGCGGAGGCUCCACCGUAUCGGUCCUGUAG